GUGGGAAGAGCACAAACAGACCCAUCAGCAUGGUGCUCCUGCUGCUGCUGCACCCACAGGCGCCGCGCAGGCCAGGACCAGCCGGGGGGUGGCCGUGGCUGUGGCAGGUGCAGAGCAAAGCACCAGCUGUAGGUUACGGUCACGGCUUUACACCUCACUGCUGCCUGUGUCUUACAGCCCACUCUGCAAUGAGCUCUGCUCACCCCAGAAGCUGUGACCCAUUUGUCAGCCCCUGCACCUCCAACCCAACUCUCCAGCACCACGUGUGGGAAUCAUCCUGACACCCAACUGAGCUGGGUGUAACCACUGUGACCAUCCCAUCCCACCCCUCCCUGAAAACUGCCGUUGGGCAAACGCAUCAAAUUGAACACAAGGGCCGAUGUGGGGGAGUGAAUCCUAGACAGGACUUUGUUUGACUGUUGUUCAGAAAGGGAAGGCCUGCAUGUGCAGGCUUGCCCUGAUGAAAGAGCACCUGCCCAGCAAAGCACUGCUGGGGAACAGGCUGCUUUUGUGCAGAGGGGCCGUUAAGCGACAGCAAGGCAGGAAUGCAGUUACACCAGUGGCUGCCUACUGCUGCCAGAGCCAAAGGACCCGCAACAGAGUACCCAGCACUCCGGGGACGUCUGCGCGCUGGCAGCACCGCCUCGGCUGUCCCAGAGCAUGAACCUGCAGACCUGGGGCUGCUCCUGGCAUACAUGCUUUUAGAGCAAUGCUGUUGGCUUGCAGAGCAGCAUGGGGAGCUUCAGGUCUGACACCUACCUGGAAAAACUUCUGGAAGGCAUCAGCAGGCUUCGCACCCAGAAAGCACUGUGUGAUGUAACACUGGAGGCAGAAGGGGUUUGCUUUCCAGCACACAAGAUCAUUUUAGCAUCAGCAAGCAAUUACUGCAAGAUUCUAUUUGUUGGGAACGCAACAAGGAUGGGGAGCGCAGAUGGAAGCGUCCGUCUGAACGCUGUCAGUGCCACGGGGCUGAGCAACGUCCUCAGCUUCAUUUACUCCAACAAAUUAGAUCUCUCCUUACAAAAUGUUGAGGAGACAUUCAAGGCUGCAGAAGCCCUGCUGGUUGGAGAGGUGAUCAACCUGUGUUUCCAAUUUCUGGAAAGCUGCUUGAGUGGUGAGAACUGCGUGGACAUUCUACGCAUUGCCAAAAAACUUGGCCCCACAGAGCUGAGAGAGAAGGCCAUGUGCUGUGUAGGGCAGCAUUACAAACAGCUCCUGGCCAACCCUCAGAGCCUGAAUGAUCUUGACAGAGGAACCCUCUGUGAAAUCUUAGACAGGACCACCAUGGAGGGGAGCAGUGAGCCGGAGCUGCUCAGAGCUGCUGUGAGCUGGCCGCAGCAUGACCGCAUGCGGCUGCAAUACAUGGGGGACAUUUUAAAGCGCAUCAGAUUCCCUCUCAUUCCUUACAGUGAUCUGCAGCGCUGUGUCCAGGAAAUCCCUUUGACAAGGCUGGACUGGGGCUGCUGCCGGCUCCUCCAGGACGCCCUGAUCCACCACCCCCAGCUCUGCACCCGGCCAUCCCAGCAGACCCCGCACACCAUCCUCCGCUCCGCUUUCCCUGCGCUGCUCAUCGCUGGUGGCAGAACCACCACCAACAGCAUCUGCAGGGAGAUGUGGGCUGCAGAGCAGAGCUGCGGCACCUGGCGCAAAGUCGGGGACCUCUGUGUGCCCCUGUACAACCACUGCAUAGUUGUCAUCGAUGACUUCCUCUUUGUCUUGGGGGGGCAGAGCACAUUCGAUCCCACAGGAAAGCAGCCAUCAAAUGAGGUAAGCCAAGAAACCUUUAGCCUUGGAAAGGGGCAGGGGAGGAAGGGGAUCAUUCUGCUGCUCACUAGGUCACUGUAGGUCUCCCACCUUUCCAUGUUAAAAUCCUACAACCACAGAAUAUCCUGAAUUGGAACAGACUCUCAGGGAUCACCCGGCCCCACACAGCACCACCCAAUCCUCAGCCCUAUGGCUCAGAGUGGUGUCCCAGCGCUCCCUGAGCUCCUGCAGCUGGGGGCUGUGCCUGCUGCCCUGGGAGUUGUGCCAUGCCCAGCCCUAUGGGCACAGCAAUUCCCCAGCCCCAUCUGAGCCUCCCCUGACAGCUCCAUGCUGUUCCCUUGGCCCUGUCGCUGUCUCCACAGUGCACAGCAGGGCAGCCCUUCCCCUCUCCCAGUGGCAGCGCUCAGCCAGGUGCACCCCAGGGCACAGUUGGCCCUUUGGGCCGCAGGGCACACUGCUGUCACUGUCUUCUAGAGCCCUGUGCAGUAUUAGCAGCCCUUGGGAACACAGGUUCCAAACUCUGGUAAGCAAUCAAUUCCUGCCCCAUCUCAUCUGCUUCCACUGUAAGCUGUCCCACUAAUCCAAACAGAGCCAUCAUGAGCUCAGCCACCUCAGCAGUCCAUCAAGUAACCACCCAAAUGUUACCCCCAAUCCAUCGCUGCUGUGGCAGGCACUGCCAUUGGGGGCAGAAACUGAAGCCUCCUGCACUCAGCAGCUGCAAGUGGCAUUUCCUUCCCUGAGGCAAAGUCAGGAGGUGGCUCAGCAGCAGUGGCACACAUUCGGGGCCACAGCCCAUGCCUAGCUUCAACAGCACCUGGUUCUGCAGACAAGACUCUCCUUCCAUGAGCUGGGCUUGCUAAUCAAAACAACAAGAUGGAGCUCAGGGGGUUGUUUAAGGUUGGGUAAGAUGUAAAAGCUCAGCCGCCCUCCUCGCUGCACAUUCAAACAGAAACAGAGGUGUAAAAAACAGCUUUCAAUAGAUGUGUGCCAGCUGCCAUUCAUAGCUUAACAUUUUUCCAUCAAACCGAUGUAUUCCAGCUCCUGCUCACUGCAGGUAGGAAGCACAGCCUGUUCCCAGGAACAGAGCCUCACGUGAGCUCGCUUAGGGCACACGGGGCUGCAGGGUGUCAGCUCCAACAGAGGCUCUACUGUCCAGAUCUCCUCCAACCUUGAGAAAACUUGCAUUAGCUCCUGAAGCCGGGCGCCUGCCUUCAGCUCAUGGCCUCCUACAUGCUGUGAUUCCAGGUGUUCCGAUUCGACCCAUGCAAUGCUUCCUGGCUCCAGCUCGCUGGCAUGCUGCAGCGGCGGACGCGCUUCUACGCAGACGUGCUGUCUGACCACAUCUUUGUGGUGGGGGGUGGGACGCUGCUGGGGGCCCUCACCCACACUGUGGAGUCGUACCAGCCAGCUGCCAACAAGUGGGAAUUUGCAGCUCCCCUCCCCAUACCUAUCGCUGACCACGCGGGCGCAACCCAUGAGGGAAUCCUCUACAUUUCAGGUGAGAAAUCUAUCCCAAACCAGCUUAUUGCCAGAGUCCAAGCCUGCACCCACCCCAGUAACACCCACAGCUCACAUCCUUUUCCAGCUCCAUUAAACACAAACCCACUGCCAGCCUGAAUGCCUGAGCUGUUUUCUUCCCACAGCAUUAAAUACAACACCUCCUGCUUGCAAUUCACACUCCUGCUCAGCUCUGACCUUACAGUCCUGCCAAAAUUCCAAAGCCUCGCUGGCAGGAAGGCAGACCAGGGGCAGGCAGCUGUAGUGCUGCAGAUGGGAUUAAACUGAGCUGUUAAUCCACAUGGGAGAUGUGGCACUAACCCACUGAGCUGCUGAGCAGUGCUCACCCAGAGCCAAGGAUGUAUCCCCCUGCCGAUGAGGAGCUGGGCUGCACAGGGAGGGAACAGGACCAGCACAGCAGAUCCAGGCUGGCCAAAGGGACAUCCCAAACCGUACAGCACUGUGCUCAGCAAUAGGACUGGGGGGAAAGAAGGAGGAAGGGCAGUCACGGGGAGUGAUGUCAUUUCCUUCCAGAAAAACAUUACAUCCCCUGCUUUCCAGGAAUAUCUGCCUGCUGAUGGGAAACAAAUUCUUCAUUUUGCUGUGUCUGCAUGCACAGCCUCUGCUUUACACAGCAAGCUGUCUUCACCUCAAUCCACGAGUUUUAUCUUUAUCGGGGGGGAUUUCCCACUUUUCUCCCCCCUCCCACUGGUAGGGAGUGAGCAUGCAUCUGUGUGGGGCUCAGCUGCCCAUUGGGGUUCAACCACAACUCAUGCAGAGAAUGCGCAGAGCUCGGGGAGAUGGGCGUGUGCCCAAACUGGAGCAUCAUCUCUGCUGUUUGCAAGGACUCUCUGCAGGUUGGAAUUCAAUAGGUAGAAAAUUAAAGGUAUUUACCCUUCCAGCAGCAGCACCUUUGUUCUGCAAGGAGAUUUUUGUAACACAGCCCCAAAAUACAAAGGGAGAACCUAACAGAGACAAAGAUGACAAUAGCAAUGGCAGAGUGACUCUGACCUUCUGACAAAGGUCCAAAGCUCAGAGAAUUUCAAAUAGUUUCCUUUAAAAAUAAAAAAGCAUCCUGUAGCAGAGUCCCUAAGGUUCCUGGUUAUGCCCUAAAUACCCCAACAGAAAAGUCUUUUGUGGAAAACUGUCCUCAGACAGAACUGGAACAGGUUCCUUCCUUUAAAAUAUCUAGGAAGCUCAGGGCUUUUUUUUUUUUUUUAAUAUCACAUGACAUCAGCCCUGCUGGUAUUGCAGAGGGUUUGGUGGAUGCCUGAGACUGACAGACAGACGUUCCAGCCCUGUUCUUUUCCCCCAGGGGGUUUCUCAGCAGGCAGAACCUUACCAGACACCUUCAGCUUCCUCCCUCGCCUCCGGCGCUGGAUGCACAACCGUGCCAUGACCUUCCCCCGCUGUGAUCAUGGGAUGGCUGCGACCAAAGAUGGGAUCUUUUGCAUCGGAGGAAGGACGCUGAAAGGAGUAAGUUCAUUUGCUCUUGUAAUACCACAACUGAUCCAAAAUGGAGUCUCUGUAUGGCUGGGCCCUGGUGCAUUACACCAGAAGGAUGGACAGUAACUACGGUGGACUGGCACAGCAGCACAUCAGUCACACUUCAUUAAGAAAACAUACUUGCCAUUACAGCUGUGCACAUUAAGAGCUGCCCUGCUGUCACACCCCAUGUGCAAGAGCACAAAGCAAAACGCAGGGUGCAGAUGCAGCCUGCUGCUGCAGGAGAAUGCCACGUAACUGGCUGUGCACCUGUCCCAGAAACACUACUUGACCUCCUCUGUUUGUGCUGGGUUGGCAAAUAGGAGAAGAAAUGGACUGCAGUGAAGACACCAGUGUAGAUUUUAGGAGAGAUGGGUUUAAGUCCUGGGAUGCCAGUGAAGCCUCUUCAGACUGACUUCCCAUCUGUGAAAGCAGUGCAGCCUGCUGGGGAGGUGACCCACACUCCAUCAGGGAGACACUCCUUCCCUGCAGUCAGGAUAAGUGAAUUCUGACAGGCCAUUCAGCAAUGCCUGUUGGAAAACAUGAGGGCUUGUGGCUCAGCCCAACAUUAAUGCUGUUUCUUUCAAAGGAACAAAGGUAUCUUAAAGCACUUCUUCACUGAGAAUUGACAGAGAUCUAUGAAGUCAAGCAGUUCAUCACAUCUGACAUCAGAUCCUUCCAACCACACAAGCUCAGUUGCCUCCCACAGCUCAGUGCACUGUUGCUGUCUAAAGAUGAGGUCCUCAGUAACGUGUUAAGUCUAUGCAGUGCAGGCAGGACUUCAGUUAAAUCACUCCCAGUAGGUCCCCGUGGCUCAUUCUAUUCAUUCUCCAAGAAGAAUAAAGCUUUGUUAGAGCAUUCUUCAAUGGAACUUUGGUAUUUUAUUCCAUUUAUUUUGAUGCUCUGAUUGCAAAAUUUGGAUUGUAAAAUGCAGCACCUUGAGCUCCACCACAUUCAGUACAUGUUGAGACACUGGGUUCCCUCACCACAAACCAAACGAGCCUGACACGACACCGACACCACUUGAAGCACAAUCAGAUGGAUCUCUUUGGUCUGG